AUGCCACAGGAUAUUGUUCGAGGACUUCGAGUUGGGAAUCGCACAGUCCGCUUUGAGAAAAGUGAACUUACUGGGCGCCUAAGACAAGUUGCUGCGGCAGGUAUUCACUUACUUGGAUUCAAGUCGCUUAGAAAGCUGAAGCCCUGGUGCCAAUUGAAAACGUCGCAGUUUCUCUUUCCUGAAGAAGGUAUGGCCAAAGGUAGCACCCUGUGGUUUACGACGCUCCUCUCUGCCUGCUUGAGGAAGCAAGCCUUUGCCGUGGCACUCUACGUGCACCGUCGAGGGAUGUCACCGCAUUUGGUUGCGCUCGUUCCUCAAGCAGAGAAACUGGAUGAAUGUGGGGCACAAGUUUCAGGUCCAGGAUUUCACGUCCUCUAUCUUCCAUAUCGGGAGGAUUUUAGACGUUUUAAGCUGUCUAAAUGUCCACUAGCUGAACCAGAGAAAGUGGAAGCAGCCAGGGCGAUCGUAAAGAAAUUGUCCACCAAGUACCACCCGGAGGCAAUACCAAAUCCGUCCCUCCAGAGGCACUACGCGGAACUGGAGGCCCUGGCGCUCGAGCGCACCCAUUCCCAUCUCGGCGUUGACUACACACAACCCGACCCGCAACGAAUAAAGGAGCAUGCGGGGAGGGAGAUUGAGCAAUUUGCUAACCUCCUCUCGCAGGCCUCGGAGGAGACUUCCUAG